GGGCGCGCCGCUCCUGGCCGGAUCCCGGGCCCGUGAGCCAGGCGGCGGGGCCGGGCAGGGGCCGGGCGCUGUGGGCAUGAGGAGCCCGAGGAGAGCCUGGCUCUCCCCGAGGGGUUAGAGAAAUGCCCGAGGCUCUGCCCUGAGGAGACCGAGCAACGUCCAUUGCCGGAGCCGCGGGCAGGCCCAGGCUCCCCGAUGGGUUUGCAGGGGGAUCAAUCUGGUCCUGGACGGAUUCUAACCCCGCGCCUGGAGGCGCCUGGCCGAGAGACAUGCCUUGCUGCGCUCCUCUCCGUGUCUGAGUCCAGCCGCCCGGGGGGGAGCCGGGGUGGAGGAGACGUGUUUUUGUGAGCUGCAAACCACGCUGCCGCCAAGCUUGUGUGGAAGUGGCGAGUGUUGCAUGGGACGAUGUACACUUUUGUGGUACGAGAUGAAAACAGCAGCAUCUAUGCUGAAGUGUCCAAAAUACUCCUGUCCACCGGACAAUGGAAGAGGCUGAAAAGAGACAACCCCCGAUUUAACCUGAUGCUGGGGGAGAGGAACAGACUGCCCUUCGGGAGACUGGGUCAUGAACCUGGACUUGUGCAGCUGGUAAAUUACUACAGGGGAGCUGACAAGCUUUGUCGCAAAGCUUCCUUAGUGAAGCUAAUCAAGACAAGCCCUGAGUUAUCAGAAUCCUGCACAUGGUUCCCAGAAUCAUAUAUGAUUUAUCCAACUAACCUAAAGACUCCAGUGGCUCCAGCGCAGAAUGGAAUUCGCCAUCUUAUAAACAACUCCAGGACGGAUGAAAGGGAAGUGUUCCUGGCCUCCUACAACAAAAGAAAGGAGAGUGGGGAGGGGAACGUGUGGAUAGCCAAAUCCUCGGCCGGUGCCAAAGGUGAAGGAAUUCUUAUUUCUUCAGAGGCUACUGAACUUCUGAACUUUAUAGAUGAUCAAGGACAAGUGCAUGUGAUUCAGAAAUACCUUGAAAAGCCUAUGCUGUUAGAGCCAGGCCAUCGCAAGUUUGAUAUUAGAAGCUGGGUUCUAGUGGACCACCAAUAUAAUAUCUACCUCUACAGAGAAGGCGUUCUGCGGACCUCUUCAGAACCAUACAAUAGUGCUAAUUUCCAAGACAAAACCUGCCAUUUGACCAAUCACUGCAUACAGAAGGAAUAUUCUAAAAACUAUGGGAAGUAUGAAGAAGGGAACGAAAUGUUCUUUGAGGAGUUCAAUCAGUAUCUGAUGAGUUCUUUGAACAUUACACUGGAAAGUAGCCUGUUAUUGCAGAUCAAACAAAUAAUAAGAAGCUGCCUUAUGUGUAUAGAGCCUGCAAUCAGCACCAAACACCUUCACUACCAGAGUUUCCAGCUCUUCGGCUUUGACUUCAUGGUAGAUGAGGAACUGAAGGUCUGGCUAAUCGAAGUCAAUGGGGCCCCUGCCUGUGCACA